CACCGCUUUGCACAUUACAUGUAAACAGAGUGACAUAGUAAGAAGAAAACUUUUGAGAAAACGAUUCUGAUAACUCAACUUGGAUUGUAGACCGGGAAACAGACUCUAAGAAAAUCAGGGUUUGCAAAAUGAACACCCCCCUGCAGCACUCCCUACUAACCAGAGUAGUAUAGAAUGUCAUACUGAACUGUCGCGGCGGCGCAUUCUUUUAAUAGCACUAAUGACAUAUCCUAUCCUAAAAAUCUCCUUGUCUAUCGACUGGAUUGGAGUAGUAGUACUACAUCUGCCUUACACGUACAUCUCUACUGUUCUCUCUUUCUCAUUUACCUCUUUCUCCACCUAACUCCUCCUUUCUUUCAUUUUUUGGGCAUAUACAAAGAUCUACCUGCAUACAUAAAUCUUUCAAUUUGUAUCUAAGAGUUCUUGCUCAUGUCGAUCUCGGAAUCAAGUAGCUCCUUGACAGCGGGAUCGACAACAACUUUGUCGAGUGUAUUGUCAGGUGUACAAGGAUAUCACUUUAUAUACCCAACACCGAUUUUAGCACACAGCGAAAACGUAGAUGUUGUUUGUGGAUUUAGAAUCAGUAACAAGAGCCCGGUUGUUGCAAAAGUGUCUUCAAGCUCAUUAAGGCUCGAGCGCGAAUUUUAUAUCAUGAAAAAAUUGUAUCAAUAUAACGACGGUCCUUCACAUAUUGUCCGACCAUUGGAAUUCAUUAAUUUACCAAGCGGAUUGACCGUCGCCAUUUACUCUGAUGAUGGCCAAAGCUUCCUUUACCAUAGGCAGAACGAAAGCACGACUUCAUCAAUUGUAAAAGAGUCCAUCUUACGAGGUCUAGAAGAUGCUAAUGGUAGCGAGUAUGACCGUAAUAUGUGUGGUGAUCUCGGUGCCUUUUUACGUUUUGCGAUCAAAGCUUUGAACUGCCUGGAAUACAUACAUCGGCACGGUGUUAUCCACGGUGAGGUGCGCCCGGCAUCGUUUCAGUGGAGCGGCUCAGACGAUGGUCCUGUCAAGCUAUGGAACUUUGGCUCAGGCUCAAAAUCACUCGAAAGCUUGUUAACAACAGAGGGCUGGCGAAAAACAACGAACAAUAAGGGGUCUAUGGAGCUGUUGCAGAGCUUGUUGAUGUACAUGAGCCCCGAGCAGACAGGACGUACAACGUAUGCUCCAGAUCACCGAUCCGACAUUUAUUCCUUAGGUAUCGUGUUCUUUACCUUGUUAACAGGAAAGAAACCUUUCGAUGGUGGCCCGCUGGGUAUUUUAAAUGGCGUGCUAAGCCGUAAAAUAUCAUUGGCAUACGAAUUGCAACCCAAUAUUCCUGAGGUGCUUUCCCGCAUUAUCGAAAAAAUGACGAAUAAGGCACCCGAUGAUCGCUACACAAGUGCUCAUGGCGUCCGAUCCGAUUUGAAGGAAUGCCUUGAGCUCUUAAAGACUGCACAAACAUCCAAUACCGAGUCAAUCCCAUCGUUUCCGUUGGCACAGCAUGACAUUGCAUCAGUCUUUACGCUACCCAAAAUGAUAUACGGUCGACAAGAAGUGUUAUCAGAAAUGACUUUUAUCAUUGAACGGUGUGCUGGACUAUACAAGUCGCUAGGGAUCCGCAACAGCAGUCGCUCAAAAGCCUAUACAGCUGCAGCGUGCCACGUGAGCAGUGCAGAGACGGCAACUGACUUGGCUAGCGAUAUUUCUAAAACGGACAGCAAUCCCGACGGUAUUGGUUGUCAAAAAUUUACUGCUUCCCCAAGCUACUAUAGUGGUGCUUUAGACGGAAGUGACACUUCUAGUAUUACUAGCAGAAUAGUUGUUAACAACACUAGAGUAACGACCACCAUCGUUGGUGUAUAUGGCCCUGGAGGCAUUGGCAAGUCCACUUUAUUUACUGAGGUGCAAUCAACAGCUCGCCAAAAUGGUUAUGUGGCAAUUUCGAAAUUCGAUAGUCGAAACAAAGUUCCGUACAGUGCAGUUAUAAGAUCACUGUCUCAUAUAUUGCAACAAAUCCUCUCUGAAUCAGAAGAGGAGAUUCAUUCGUUCUAUGAGCAUCUCAAGAUAUCACUUGGGGCUCAAUAUUCGAACGUGAGUUUAAUGACGGACUUUGUCCCGGAGCUCAAGCCAUUACUGGAUCUGGACGCAGCCAACGGUAGCAGUAACAAGACUACGGAUGGUCACAGCGAUAACCCGGCAACAAUAGCUCCCCCUUCUUCAAAUACCCAUAUGAUCGAUGACAUGGAAGCACGAACACGGUUCCAUAACUUGUAUGUUGAAGUUUUUCGAGCAAUUACUCACUGGCGAAUGACGACAUUGUUCUUAGAUGACCUUCAUCAAGCAGACGAGCCAUCACUGGAACUUAUCGAAAGCCUGAUCCUGUCUCGAGUGCAGCUCUUAAUAUUUAUUUCCUACCGCGACCAGGAGGUUACAGACAAGUUAGCGGAGCUACUCGAAAACAAAAUCGCCAAUGUCCACUUUAUUGGAAUCGAAGCACUCGGAAUGGAUCCUCUCGUCGACUUUCUCUGUGACACCUUACACCGACCACGCGAUAUUAACCGCGACGCUAUUAUUCCACUCGCCGAGAUUAUAUUUAAACGAACUCGAGGCAAUGCGUUCUAUGUGGCACAGCUAUUAAGAACGCUCGAACGAAAAAAGCUUAUAUUCUACGACUGGAAAAAGAACGAGUGGCAGUUCGACCUUAGAGAAAUAGAAGACGCAACUAUGCUCGACGAGAACGAUUCCUUUGAUUCGCAACAGCUGGAUUUUAUGGUUGCCCGACUACGAGAGCUCCCGCGCGCUGGUCGUGCUAUACUUAAGUGGGCAUCAUUUGUGGGCGAUACUUUUUCCUGGGAUACAGUUAAAAAACUGGUGGUCAACAAUAAUAACGACGACAACGAUGAUGAUGAUGAUGAUAGCAUUGUUAGCGACAGAACAGCUAUAGACGAACGAAUGACUGCUUCAGCAACUAUGCUUGACAACAGCGAUGAUGAAUACAACAAUGACGAUGACAUUAGCAGCAGCGCCAGCAGUUUAUUGUUGUCAUCAUCGUCGCAUAGAAAUAAUAGACGUGCUAGUAGAGUACGUAUUCAUCGAAAAAUGACCGCCGAAUCGACAUCUUCGGUAUCCGGCAGUAGAGACGACCCAAUUAGUGGAUUACAAGCUGUUUUACAAGAAGGUUAUAUUAUGUCAAUUGGUGCCGACGAGUUUAAAUGGAGUCAUGACCGUAUUUCACAAGCAGCAGCCGAACUCGUUAACCCUGGAACACGCGCCAAGAUCCACUUUAAGAUUGCACAAUAUAUGAUGGAAGAAAAAACCGUGGAUACUUUUCUGGUGGCCGAUCACUUGCUCAAAUGCGUUAAUCUCUUGAUCAAAAGGGAUGAUAAAGAACGCUAUCGACAUAUUCUCAUCGAAUCUGGCAACAAAGGACGAACGACUGGUGCCCACCGUAUGGCUUUCGCCUACUAUAUGUGCGCAGUAAAGCUCGGGAACCCUGAAACGCAGUGGGUGAACGACGACGAUUACCGAACGACAUUGACCCUUUACACAAAUAGCGCAGCCCUUAGUUGGACUGUGGGUGAGCUCGAGCAAACAGAAAUCUUAUUGGAAGCCGUAUUCCAGAACUCGCGAACACCAAGUGACCGUAUGCAUGCGUACCGUAUUCAAGCAAGAUACUACUUUGGAUUGCAAUUGCAUUCAAAAGGGCGCGCUGCACUCUUUCGAUGUAUGGACGAUCUUUCAGACGAGCGAUCCCGCUUGGAUACGAGCGAGGAGGGACUGGCCAGCCUGUACAAUGAAAUUGAAGAGUUGGUUGAUAAGCUUGGUGUGAAUAAUAUUCUACAACUGCCAGCCUGCAACGACCCUUCGUUAAUUGGAACAUUAGGUGUUAUGGAAGAGCUACUUACUUUAUCAUACUGGAGCGGACAAAAGCGUGAAAUGUAUUACUGGGCGUGUCGGAUUUUGAAACUGUCACUGACAAAGGGUCCAGUCGGUGGUACCGGAAAUGCCUGCAUGUUCGCCGGUUUGGGCUACGUGAACGAGUUUCAGAAGUACGCAUUUGCAGAAAAACUGGGAACAAUCGGUAUAUCGCUUGCUGACAGGCAUGGUAGUAACCAAGAAAAAGGACGAGCAUAUAGUCUAUAUCCCGCAUUUCUCAUCUUAUGGAACCACCACCAACGAGAGUCAUUCCAGUUUUAUCAGACUGGUAUGAACUUUAGCAUGUCUGCAGGAGACCGGAUUUACGUCGCUUUCCAUCUGGUUCACAUUUGCACACUGAUGUUUUACAACGGAUACAACUGCAGCGUUACGCUGCAAGAAGCUGAACGAAGCUAUGAAGACAUUCACUCUUGGUCCGCGUCAAUUGACAUGAACAGCUUUGCUAUGUGCAUUAUUCGCUUAACAAAGGCGCUACAAGGACAUACCUACAUCGAUACUCCAGAGGUGUUUGACGGAGAUGAUGGGUUCAACGAUGAGCAUUUCCUUACCGAAAGCUGCAAACAAAGCUCAAAUCCUGAACUGGUGCUGAAUUGGUAUGAAUCAUUUAAGAUUAUACCGCUUGUGCUCUAUGGCCAUUUGGAUACAGCCGUUGAAGUAGGCUAUCGGUGCUUCCGUACACUACAUGUCCACCCAUGUCACCGUCACACGCGCAUGGCGCUCUUCUAUUUUUCGCUAGGGUUACUCGAAAAGUGCCGCCAAGAUCCAGAACGAAAAGACGAGUACCUAAAACAAAUUCGAGCAAAUCAAGAGUUUGUGCGUGAAUGGGCUGUUCAUAGCGCCAUAAACUAUUCCAUGUACUGGACUUUUGUGGAAGCCGAACUUGCAGGAUUGGGCGAAUCGCCUGAUGUUUUACGAGCCGGUCGCUUAUACGAAGAUGCCAUCAAUCAAGCCCGUGAAGGAGAUUGGUACCUUGAGCUAUGCGUUAUGCAUGAGUACACGGGUGCUUUCUACGAUCGUGUCGGACUCCGUAAUGUUGCUUAUGGCUUUGUCAAAAAGGCUAUCAAUAUGUACAUGUGCCACGGAUCGUACGGUAAAGCGCGUCAUGUCAGCACCAAGUUUGCACAGCUAUUGAGCGACUUUAAUGAUGAUCGAGCUGAUCCGCAUGAAGUGGGUAUUCAAACGGACACGCUUCCCUAUCCUGGUGGAAGAACGUCACCUAACGACUGGAGUACGCCAUCCGCACAUGAGCUUGUUCAUAAUCCAAGCAAUUCUGCCAUCAUAAACGAACCUUACACCAACGAAAGCAUACCACCUGUCACCACAGAACAAACACUCCAAUACCUGGAUAUCGUGGAUAUGGCAUCCAUUCUAAAAAGCUCGCAAGUAAUGAGCUCUGAGGUCCGUUUUGAUGCACUUUUAAGUUCCAUGAUGAGCAUAAUUUUCGAAAACAGUGGCGCAGAUUGCGGUGCUAUUGUUGUCAGAGACGAAAUGUAUGGUGUAUGUGCUUACGGAGGUCAGAACGAGCCGAUUGUUACGUACGAUCCACCGAAACCGCUUGAUGAAGCCGAGCAUCUGGUCUCAAGCAAAAUUAUCAACCACACCAUGCACACAUCGGAAAGCAUUUUCAUCCACAACGUUAAAAAGGAUUCACGCUUUGCAGUAGGCACUUGGUUUGAGUGUACAGGCGAAAAGUCGGUGAUAUGUAUGCCAAUAAUUCACAAGUGUCGAACGGUUGGCUGUCUGCUCAUUGAAGGCACAGUUGGCGUAUUCACUCAAAGACAUAUCACGGUGCUAAGUCUUUUGUGUCAGCAAAUGGGCAUCUCGACCGCCAAUGCUUUCUUGUUUAAAUCUGUACAGCAUGCUACAAUGGCAAAUAUGAGGAUGAUUGAAAUGCAAAAAGAAGCGCUUGAAGAGGCCCGGCGGAGUAAAGAAGCAGCUGUUCGAGCUACACGACUUCGUGAGAUAUUUUUGGCCAACAUGAGCCAUGAAAUUCGUACACCAUUCUCUGGAUUUUAUGGCAUGAUAUCACUUUUAGCUGAUACAGAACUGGAUCCUGAACAACGUGAUCUUGUCAAAACUGCAAAGGAAUCAUGCGAAAUGCUGCUUCGACUUAUUGAUGAUUUGCUCAAUUUCUCAAAACUGCAAGCAGGCAAGGUUUCUUUGGAUCUUUCCGAGGUCAUAAUUGAGGACGCUGUUACCGACGUGGUAGAAAUGCUGAUUGCUAUGGCGAUUCAGAAGCGGAUCAAUAUUACCUACGAUAUCGCACCCGAUGUGCCAGCUGUAGUGAUGGCCGAUGCGAAUCGUCUUCGCCAAAUUAUUAUCAAUCUUCUUGGAAACGCCAUCAAGUUUACACAUGAAGGCGAAAUCCAAAUUCGAUGCUCCGUCGACAAGGAAGCAACUGGCUCCAGCGAUGGUGAUGACAACGAAGUGACACUCUUGUUUGAAGUGAUCGACUCAGGGAUUGGCAUCAGUGACGAACAGCGCAAAGCUCUGUUUGUUCCAUUCUCACAGGUGGAUGGAAGCACAACCCGCAAAUACGGUGGAACUGGAUUGGGUCUAUCGAUCUGCUUGCAGCUCGUCACGCUUAUGUCUGGUAAAAUUGAUGUAAAGAGCGAAUCAUCUAAGGGGUCCAACUUUUUCUUCAGCAUCAGAACAACACCAGUACCCGAGCAAUGUAAAAAACGGAUUGAGCGGAUUACAGGUAUUAUACAAGAAGUCAAGGGAACGCGUGUACUGGUUGCCGAUAAGCACACGUCGACCGUUUCAAUGGUGCAGCGAUUACUUCCGGGAAUUACAGUGAAUGGUGCAUGCUCAGUUCAAGAACUACUCGCGUGUCAGGCCACCGAUUAUCCGAUCAUUGUUGUUGGUUUGUUUUUGACGCACGAUCCUGAAUUUCAAUCGUGGGCGACCCAUCUUAAAAAGUUUUUGGAGCGUGCCCAAUGUAUCUUGGUUAUGCAUUACCCGACAGGCGCUAUGGGAGAUAUGCUAGGAAGGAACCAACAUCUCAAUGCAGCACCCACUGUAUCCACCACUCAUAAUGAUGGUGAGCUUCAAAGCAAUGAUUUCACCGAACGCGUUGUUGCCGCCGUACCAUCAUCCUCAGGCAGCGCAAACACUCUACUCAGCACGAACAUGAUUAAGGAGAAUCGACGAGCCGUCGUCUGUAUGGCAGUUCCAUUGCGUCGGAAGGCGUUGCUUAGAACCAUGGUAGAGAUGCUGCACCAAACUUCUUCCUCGCCAGCGUCAACACCGCGACCGAUUAUGGCGGCACGUGCAAGCUCAGAAGGCAGAAAAGUCUGUGAUCCCAGUGAGGUGAUUACACAGGAGGAACGUGAGCUAUUUAGCAACAUGAACAUUCUCGCAGCCGAAGACAACCCGGUUGCGCAAAAGUUACUAUACAAACAGCUCACACGACUUGGUUUCAAAGUCAUCUGCGCCAAUAACGGUCUGGAAGCAGUGGAAGCAUGGCAAAGUCAUCCUCCAGGAUACUUCUCUAUCUCUUUUAUGGAUCACCACAUGCCAAAGUGUGACGGUGUUGAAGCAACAAGAAGAAUACGUGAAAUCGAAACUGCUGAGCAAAGGACCACCUGUCUUCCUAUCGUCGCAUUGACAGCUGACAUCCAAAAAAGCGCACGCGAUAUAUGUUUGAAAGCUGGCAUGACUGUGUAUCUUACGAAACCAAUGAAUCAGAAGUCGCUUGCUGAAGUCCUCAGACGGCACUGCUUGCAACCAUAUUUAGCACAAGUACAGUCCAAAGAAGAACCAGUGUAACUCUUAAACAGCUAUUCAGACAGAAGCCCGUCCCCAGUAGUAGUAUACCAUCAUUUGCAUUAUACAUCAUCUCAUACACAGCACCAAAUUAUUCAUUCCACCCUUUCUCGUCGUCAUCACACAUGCAUUAUCUCACUAAUUUAAUCAAUAUAAAAAAUUAAUUCCUAGUUCACUGUGAUGGACGUUAUUGCACUGAAAUGCUAUUGAAAUAUAAAUC